CGGAGGAGGUUUUUGGUUACAAUUCUAACCAAAAGUUAGGGAAAAAAUUUGUUUAAUCGACCACUUCCCUAGCUAAUAAGCUCUCAAGCACGUACGGUUAGGUUUUCAAAAGGAGAAAAUUCACAAUUGUGAAUCGUUCUCCAGAUCUGUAGUCAAAACAUGAAUUCGUCGGAAUCCAAGAAGGAUAAGCAACGUGAAUUGUCAUCUUCUUCUACCUUGCCAGGUAAGAGAUGCCCCUCUAAGGUCGAAUCUUCUGGUCAGGGUUUUGCUAAAAAGGCGAAGCUUGACGAUUCAUCUGCGGCCGUCAAUUCUAAGCAAACAUCGAUAAAAGCAGUGGAUGAUGAUGAUGAUGAUGAUGAAGAUGACGAGGAAGAUGCCAUUCCUAUAUCACACAGGAUAACCAAGAAGUCAUCAGUGAAAACAGAAGAGGAGGAGGAGGAGGAAGAGGAAGAUGAAGAUGACAUUCCUAUAUCACGAAGGAUAACCAAAAAGUCAGCAGUAAAAGCAGAAGAGGAGGAGGAGGAGGACGAGGAAGAUGACAUUCCAAUAUCACACAGGGUAAGGAAGACACCAUCUGUUCCUGUCAUCAGUAAAUCAUCAUCUAGAAAGAAAAUCAAUGGUGCAGCAGUUGCUUCUUCCUCACGUAAAACAAGAAAGAGUAAUAAAUCGAAAAAAAACCCUAAGAAAGAUACUCAAUCGUCAAAGGUUCCCCAUAGCUCUGGUGGUGCACAAAAAUGGACUACUUUGGUUCACAAUGGUGUAAUUUUUCCACCACCAUACAAGCCACAUGGAGUUAAGAUGCUGUAUAAGGGAAAACCUGUAAAUCUCACAGCUGAGCAAGAGGAGGUUGCGACAAUGUACGCGGUGAUGUUAGAUACAGAUUACAUGAAUAACCCUAAAUUCAAAGAGAACUUCAUGAAAGACUGGAGGAUAAUACUUGGAAGAAAUCAUGUAAUCCAGAGUUUAGAGGAUUGUGAUUUCAGACCUAUAUAUGAGUGGUAUCAGAAAGAAAAGGAAAAGAAGAAGCAAAUGAGUACAGAAGAGAAGAAGGCUUUAAAAGAAGAGAAAUUGAAGGCAGAAGAGAAGUACACGUGGGCUAUUGUCGAUGGGGUUAAAGAAAAGGUCGGAAACUUCAGGGUUGAACCUCCUGGACUGUUCCGAGGUCGUGGAGAGCACCCGAAGAUGGGAAAACUGAAAAGACGGAUACACCCAAGUGAUAUUACCCUAAACUUAGGAAAAGGUGCCCCGAUCCCAGAAUGCCCCAUCCCUGGAGAAAGAUGGAAGGAAAUAAGGCAUGAUAACACAGUGAUAUGGUUAGCAUAUUGGAGUGAUCCUAUUAAUCCCAAAGAAUUAAAAUAUGUUUCUUUGGCUGCUAGCAGCUCCUUGAAAGGGCAAAGCGAUAAAGAGAAGUAUGAAAAAGCGAGGCUUUUAAAGGAGCACAUAGAUGGCAUCAGAGUUGCAUACAGUAAAGAUUUUACCAGUGAAGAUCCUCUAAAGCGGCAAAUAGCUGUUGCCACCUACCUCAUUGACAAACUAGCUCUCAGGGCAGGCAAUGAGAAGGACGAUGAAGAAGCUGCUGACACGGUUGGUUGCUGCACGUUGAAAGUAGGGAAUGUAGAACCAGUUCCUCCAAACACACUAAAGUUCGACUUCCUCGGUAAAGACUCCAUCAGGUACCAGAGAGAUGUCCAAGUGGAAAAAGCUGCCUUCAAAGCAAUUAAAAAGUUCCGAAGUGGGAAGCGUGAAGACGAAGACCUUUUCGAGCUGCUUGAUACAAAUAAACUGAACGCUCAUUUGAAGUCACUCAUGUCUGGCCUUACUGCAAAGGUUUUCCGUACUUACAACGCCUCCAUCACACUGCAGAGAGAGCUGGACAGGCUGACAAAUGGUCGGACACCUGGUGAUCAUGCAGUAGGGAAAUAUCUGGUUGCGAACAAGCAGGUGGCGAUCCUCUGCAAUCAUCAGCGCAGUGCUCCUAAGACACACGAUGAACAAAUUUCACGCUUGCGCAACAAGAUCGAAGAGUUAAAGGCUUUUCUGGAUGAACUGAGAUCCGAUUUGGUCCGUGCAGAGAAUGGGAAGCCUCAGGUGGGGAAGACGACUAAGAGAAAUUUGGCACCGGAAGCAUUGAAGAAGAAGAUAGACCAGGCGAAUGUGAAAAUUGAGAGAACAGAGAAACAGAUAGAGACGAAAGAGGAUAUGAAAAACGUGGCUUUGGGGACGUCGAAAACGAACUACCUUGACCCAAGGAUAUCAGUGGCAUGGUGCAAACGGAAUGAGGUUCCCAUCGAAAAGAUAUUCACCAAGACCCAUCUGCAGAAAUUUGCUUGGGCCAUGGAUGUUCAUCCAGACUUCUCUUUCUGAAGCUCUGCUAAUUUUGCCGGGAUAAACAUGUAAAACAAAAACUGAGACAACUGCGAAAGAAAUUGUGAAACAAAACAAAUGAACUAGUGACUUGUAUUUAAGACUUAAGAGUAUCCUAAUCCUAGAUACAUUUUUUUAGUAAUAGUUAUUAUUAUAAAAUGUAACACUGAUUUCUUUACUAUUCACAUUAUUUACUUUGAUCAUAUAUCAUUUACUAAUAUAUACUCCGUAUUAUCAAA